AAAAUAUCUACCAUUAAAACUGAAUUCGAUUUUUAACGGAUCAUAACAGAUUUCCCUUAGCCUUUGUUGGGUUCACUUUGUUAAAAAAUGCUGCGAAAGGUGCUUAUGCUGACCGUCACGAUUGCUUUGGUGGUGGCUGAACGUCCCGACGAGACGCCCAGCUCGCCGAAAGUGACGAUCAACGAUCACGACACCAGCGAUGCCGGCGAUUCCACAAUUACCGGGGCCCGCGUGGCGCUGAUUCCGGACGGAGAGUUUGUGACCGUUAAGUGCCAAAAGGGCAAAUCGGUAGCUGUGCAUGGCGCAUGGUACGUGCUGUUGAAUGAAGAUGGAGCCACAGAAACCGAUAACUGCAAGCACUCGGACGUCGACAACAAGAUCGGACUGUGUUUAAAGACCAAACCAAAUCAGCCGGGAUUCUGUAAACUCCAAGCUCGGGAUCCUUCGACUGAUCCGGCAUGCCAGAAACGCGGGCUGCAGAUUGUCUACAGCUGUGAACUGAUAGAAUCAUAAUAAUAUCUAUAUGAUGGUACGCUCGCGUUUUCAUGGUGGAACCUAGCUAGAGUAGCACAAGUCCCAAGAGGGAUGACACUGAACGCCCGUACACUGAACUUGAAGAGGACAAAGUAACAACAUUGUGAAUAUCUUUUGAAGUGAAAUCGGUUUAUUCCUGUUUCUUUUCUACUGCAAAAACUUUGCAUUUAUUGCAUUUCUGCGUGUCAUUCGUCUUGUAACUGUGUACG